UACCCAGACACAAAUCUAUUAUAUAACAAACUUUCAGACAAAACCCAAAUAUAUUGUUGAACAUUUAUUUGCUCGUAAUCAUGUGGUUUUACUUAAUACGGAGUUAUAUAUUUUGGCAUUUGAGAAAAGUAAUCAAAUGGUUUUUGCGCAAGACCACCAAGCUUUGCGAGUUGCAACGCAUUUGUUAUGCGCAGCCGGUGGGUGCAUGCAGAACGCGGAGUGUAGAACAAUCCUUACGCAAUUCAAGCAGUCCACAAAUACGUGGCCUGAUCACCGUGUUGGAUGCACGAGCGUCUGAUCGAAAUUACUAUUCUGGGCGAUCUAUACUGGUGCCCAAUGCUGUAUCGACAAUUACACGAGUCAAACGUAUUGACCAUUGUGAAUAUGAACGAUUUACCAAUGUUCUAGGACAAUGUGUAGACAAUAUAUGGUCUUAUAUGCAACUAGUGGAAGAGAUAAAAACUAGUGCAGCCAUUCAGUAUGACUGUAGCAACGAUGUACAUGAAAAAUCUUUAUUACUCCUAUGGAAUGAAUUGAUGCCUAACAAUAAAUUAGAAAAUAGGGUAACAAAGCAAUGGCAAGACAUUGGAUUCCAAGGCGAUGAUCCUAAAACUGAUUUUCGUGGUAUGGGAAUAUUGGGACUGGAUAAUUUGGUCUAUUUUGCAUCUAAGUACACGUAUUUAGCCAGAUGUGCAUUAUCACGUUCAAUGCAUCCAAUUCAUGGGUAUGCUUUUGCAAUUGUUGGAAUAAACUUAACCAGUAUGGCUCUUGGAUUAGUUGUCGAUGGCUCAGCCAAAACUCAUUUUUAUAAUAAACGCAAUCCAUCUGAAUAUGAAGAUUUCAAUGAAUUCUAUUGUUACUUAUUUUGGGAAUUCGACAAAUUUUGGUUGAACGCAAAACCAAAGGACCUUAUGGAAUUUGCAACUCAUCGUGAACAAUUUGAAAAUACUAUUAGACAAAAGCUGGAAAAAAGUAAUACUGUUUUUCUAAUUGAUGUUCCUUUAGAUAAUACGACUGAUAUGUUAGACAGGUGAAAUUAUGUAUAUAAGUCUAUAAGAAUAUUAUUGAUAGACUGCUACCUACUUUUAACUAUGUAUUUUAUUAUUCGGCCAUUUUUAUAAGUAUUAUAAU